AUUAGCUAGUGGUCCACGUUUGUACCCAUAGUUUUUUAAAAAAACACCCAUUUGCAUCUUGUAUUUCUUUUAUUAGACUAAACAUGAGUGUAUGUAUGUGUUGCUUCCUUGCCUAAAACGCAUAAAAUCUCCAUGUCAUUACAUGUCAUGAGGAGGACACCCCUUCCUUGCAGGCAACCAAGUCUAAUCCGUGUGAGUCAUGUCCUCUCUCUCUCUCUCUCUCUCUCUCUAUAUAUAUAUAUAUAUAUAUGAAAACCUCUUUCAAACGAUUAUAUCCAUAACUUUCUUCUUCUUCUUCAUCUUGCUAAGAUAUAAUAGGCUGCUCCAUCUAUGGGUGAAGGUAGUGAAGAACACAUGCUUCACGCUCCAUGCUUGAUCACACAAUAUGAUAUUAGCUACACAAAAGCACGGGAAGAUAGCUGCGUGAUCAUGAAAGGACAUGAUGAUGAUGGUGAUGAUGACGAUAAUGGGUAUAUGUACGACACCACAUCAUCCAUAUCGGUUUCCGAUCGAUCGACAUCUUCUUUGGAGUUGGUAGAUGAUGCAUCUUCAUCAACAACAACAUCAUCAUCAUGUUCUUCUUCCUUCAAUUCUCAUGGUUCUUUGUAUGACUUGUCAGAUCUCAUGGCCCAGCUACCCAUCAAAAGAGGACUUUCGAAGUAUUUUGAAGGCAAGUGUCAGUCAUUUACAUCAUUGUCAAAGGUCAAGAGCAUUGGAGAUCUUGCAAAGAAAGAGAGUCCUUACAAUCAAAGAAAAGCACUAAAACAAAGUAAGAGCUAUGGGGGUGGCUUGGGUAGCUACAGAUCCUACACACUUCCUAAGGCCACCAUUUCUAAGAUUAAGAAGACCUCAUCAGCUUCAAGGGCUUCUUAUUUGUCAUCUCAUAAUUUAACCUUUUCAAGUAGAACAAGAGGCGGCUCUUUUGGUAGUAAUACGCUCCCCCCAAUUCCUGUAAGAAAGAAAUUUUAACCUACGUAUACGUACGUACGUGUGCAUGUAUAGAUAUACAAAUAUAUAGCAGAUCCGUCAUCUUGCAAUAAUGCUUAAAUACAAAUAUAUAAACUUGAAUACUGAUUUUGCUGUAGGAUUAAUGGUUGCAUCAAAAAAAA